CUGGAUUAAAAUUUGUUAUUGAAGGAGGUUCAUUGCUUGUGCAGUUUUUUUUUUCCUUUAUCAGUAUUAGUGCAGGUCAUAUAAACGAGUCGAUAAAUGUCUGGAGGACUGCGAGAAAACUUCUGAGCACAGUGCCAGCAUCCGUCAAACAUAUGCCGGGUUGCGGUACGAGCCAGUGGCCAUGUCCCGGUGUCAGAACGAAAUUAACCAAUCGCUAGUCGGCAGCAAUGCGUUCACUGCUGCAGUCAUGAAUCGUGAACAGCACACUAUUCGGAACAAAUUUGGAACAUUGUGCAGAGAUCUGGCCGAUAUGAUUCGAUGUAUUGAGCCAGUAACAAGAAAUGGAUGUGGCGAACAGGCUGCUCAGAUGAUGCUCAAUUUUGAACAGCUGUACAAUCACCUCGGCAUUACGGAUCAAUUGCCUCUUUCCUGUCGACAACUGCUCAAUCUAACAAGUGGGAAUCGAAUCAACAAUGAUAGACGAUUGUCAGCCGCCUCACACACGCAUAAUUCAUACUUGGGCAUCGAAGCUCCUUCAGACCGUGCAUCACCAGUAGCCGCUCUCCCAGCCACCCCAAUCUUAAACUGAAC